UUCUCAGGCGAAGAUGAAGACGACGAGCAGCACUUGUUAACUGAUCAGUGGAUAGCCUUCUGUAGCUUCCAUUUGGGAGACUAUCAACAGGCGCUACAACAAUACAAAAGCAUAAGAAAUGUUGAGCCUGCAACGGAGGACAUAGCGCUUAAUAUUGCCGUUUGUAUGUUCUAUUUGGGAAUGUAUGAAGAGGCACAUCGAUUGAUUGAACAGACACCGAAUACACCCCUGAAGGUGCGUCUACUCUUUCAUCUGGCGCAAAAAUUCGGCAAUGAGGCACAGUUGACGCAAUUGCAAGCUUCACUGCGGGUAGAUGUGGAAGAUCAGUUAAGUCUGGCAUCGAUGCAUUAUUUGCGAGCACACUAUCAAGAUGCGAUCGAUAUAUAUAAACGAUUACUGUUGGAUAAUAAAGACUACUUGGCCAUCAAUGUCUACUUGGCAUUGUGCUUCUACAAGCUGGACUACUAUGACAUGUCACAAGAGGUGCUCGACGUAUAUCUGACUAAGCAUAAAGACAGCACCAUUGCCACUAAUCUGAAAGCGUGCAAUCGUUUUCGACUGUUUAAUGGACGCGUAGCCGAACAGGAGAUACAAAAUAUUGCAGACAAUGNAUGCAAUAGUGGCAAUGUGCAGGAAGCGCAUGCGCUCAUCAAAGAAUUGCAGCCCACUGUGCCGCAUGAGUACAUACUCAAGGGUGUGGUGCAUGCAGCGUUGGGUCAGCAAAUCGGUUCGAAGGAGCACAUAAAAACCGCUCAGCAGAAUUUGCAUUUAGUUGGCAGCUCGGCUACGGAAUGUGAUACUAUACCGGGUCGUCAGAGCAUGGCUUCGGCUUUCUUUCUCUAUGCGCAGUUCGAAGAGGUGCUGGUCUAUAUGAAUUCCAUACGAAGUUACUUUGUGAACGAUGAUACUUUCAACUAUAACUAUGCGCAAGCCAAAUGCGCUACUGGUUAUUACAAAGAAGCCGAAGAGCUGCUUAUGCAAAUUACUGACAUGGAUAUUAAGAUUCAACACGCCUAUUGCAUGAUUAUAGCCAAGUGCCACAUACAUGCCGGGCGUCCUGAAUUGGCUUGGAAGGUUUUUAUCACACGCGACACAAAUUCUGAGGCCUUCUUAUUACUACAACUAAUUGCCAAUGAGUGCUACAAAUGUGAGGAAUUUUGGGUGGCUGCAAAGGCCUUCGACAUGCUUGAAAAGCUCGAUCCAAGUCCUGAAAAUUGGGAAGGUAAACGCGGCGCAUGCGCUGGCGUUCUUUAUGCUUUAGCUUCGAAAGCCGAUAAGGGUUGUCCACCGAAUGGCGUGUCAGAUGUAAUUGGCUUGCUGCGCGACUCAUCGAAUCCGCAAGCCGAUAUGAUGGUAAAAGUUGUACGUAAACAUAUAAAUAGUUUGAGAUGA